GCUGGGGCCUGUCAGAAUUCCCUAGGCAAGAGACAUGCACGAAAUAACUACAUAGGAGUGAUUCCAUUUAAAUUUUAGAAUCAUCUUAUGGCAAUACACAAAAUGUAUUAACCAUUAGCAAAAGCUUUCACAACACGGAGUUAAGAGGCGUGUGUUGAGGGUUGAGGUGCAGGGAGCCGAGGUGUGGGAACCAGGCGAUGUCUCCUAUUCAAACCUUUGUUGUGUUGACGUGACGAGUAGCCUUCUGACAAUUUUAUCUUCCUAGAACAGGGGCGCCGCUAUGGAUGAUGAAAAAGAGAAUGAGACAGCAAGACCAGUUGUAGGAUUCCGGCCUGGCAAGAGGAGGAAUUCAAUCCUGAAGGAGUCACCAGCGAGGAGCACUUACCAGGAGAGGCGUUCAUUGGGUUUCAAGAAGCGGGUUUCCUUCUCAGGAACAAACACAGUCAAGGAGUACAAGGCUCAGCAUGGCGGCAACACUGAGUGGGACAGCUCUUAUGAGAUGCCAGUGACACACCAUGACAGCUCAACCUCCACCCUGCCCACCCCAACCAACAAUUCCAAGUCUGUCAGGUAUGAAGCUAAUACCAAUGCUGGGCUAGCAGUUGUACUAUCACUACACCACACUGCUACUCAGAACGACAAUGGUGGGAUUGGUGGUGGUGAUAUGGAUUGUGACAACUCAAACUUCCUCAAGAAAUUUUUAUCCCUCACACCUGCUGAGACAGGUCAUCUGUCUUCAGUGACAGUGAAUGACAGCACCACCAUCACCACCACAAGUGUGCAUAACAGGCCGCCCACAAAACCCCAUAGCCAGCCACCAGCCAAGGUCCCACAACCUCCACCACCAUCAUCUCCUGCAGAAGACAGUAAUGAAGAUGACACAAAUGUGCAGAAGAGUUUCCUUGCAGAGUUUCUGGCUCUCACAUCCUCCAAGACUCCAUCCUCACCACCAUCCACUGAAGAGGAUGGUGACACAGCAGACUCUCAGAACUUCCUUAGCAAGUUUUUAGCUCUGCCAUCUGCCAACAUCCCAGCCUCAGGUGCGUCCCUUGCCUCCCUUGAUAGAAAUGGUCCCAUGCAACACAAGGAGGUAUCACAGAGCAAGGGUAGGACCUGUUUAGGGAGCAAGGCCAUCAUGCCAUCCUACAACAUGACCCGUCCUUUGAGUCAGGUUAUCAGAACAUCCCAGGAGGUGGACCACAACAUGGAAAUGACCUGUCCUGUGAGUCAGGUAAUGAAAACAUCCCAGAAGGUGGACCACAACAUGGAGAUGACAUGUCCUGUGAGUCAGCUCAUCAAAACAUCCCAGGAGGUGGACCACAACAUGGAGAUGACCCAGCCUGUGGCUCAGAUUGUCAGGCCAUCCCAGGAGGUGGAAAACAACAUGGAGAUGACCCGUCCUGUGGGUCAGGUCAUCAGAACAUCCCAGGAGGUGGAAAACAACAUGGAGAUGACCCGUCCUGUGGGUCAGGUCAUCAGAACACCCCAGGAGGUGGAAAACAACAUGGAGAUGACCCGUCCUGUGGGUCAGGUCAUCAGAACAUCCCAGGAGGUGAACCACAACAUGGAGAUGACCCGUCCUGUGCUUCAGGUCAUCAGAACAUCCCAGGAAGUUGAACACAACAUGGAGGUGACCCGUCCUGUGGGUCAGGUCAUCAAAACAUCCCAGGAGGUGGACCAGAACAUGGAGAUGACCUGUCCUGUGAGUCAGGUCAUCAAAACAUCCCAGGAGGUGAACCACAACAUGGAGAUGACCCGUCCUGUGGGUCAGGUCAUUAGAACAUCCCAGGAGGUGGACCACAACAUGGAGAUGACCCGUCCUGUGAGUCAGGUCAUCAAGACAUCCCAGGAGGUGGACCACAACAUGGAGAUGACCCGUCCUGUGGGUCAGGUCAUUAGAACAUCCCAGGAGGUGGACCACAACAUGGAGAUGACCCGUCCUGUGAGUCAGGUCAUCAGGACAUCCCAGGAGGUGGACCACAACAUGGAGAUGACCUGUCCUGUGAGUCAGGUCAUCAGGACAUCCCAGGAGGUGGACCACAACAUGGAGAUGACCCGUCCUGUGAGUCAGGUCAUCAGGACAUCCCAGGAGGUGAACCACAACAUGGAGAUGACUCGUCCUGUGGGUCAGGUCAUCAGGACAUCCCAGGAGGUGAACCACAACAUGGAGAUGACCCGUCCUGUGGGUCAGGUCAUCAGGACAUCCCAGGAGGUGGACCACAACAUGGAGAUGACCCGUCCUGUGGGUCAGGUCAUCAGGACAUCCCAGGAGGUGGACCACAACAUGAAGAUGACCUGCCCUGUGGAUCAGGUCAUCAGGACAUCCCAGGAGGUGAACCACAACAUGGAGAUGACCUGUCCUGUGGGUCAGGUCAUCAGGACAUCCCAGGUGAACCAGAACAUGGAGAUGAUCCAUCCUGUGGGUCAGGUCAUCAGGACAUCCCAGGAGGUGGACCACAACAUGGAGAUGACCUGUCCUGUGGGUCAGGUCACCAAAACAUCCCAGGUGAACCACAACAUGGAGGUGACCCGUCCUGUGGGUCAGGUCGCUGCAUCAACACAUAGGAUUGAAGUAGUCCGUGAAGUUGGCAUGACACCCCAGGAGACCCGUCCUUUCAGUCUGGUCACCAGGCCAUCCCAGGAGGUGGAGCACAACAUGGAAAUUACCUGUCCUGUGAGUCAGGUCACCAAAACAUCACAGGAGGUGGACUACAACAUGGAGAUGACCUGUCCUGUGAGUCAGGUCACCAAAACAUCCCAGGAGGUGGACUACAACAUGGAGAUGACCAAACCUGUGGCUCAGAUUGUUAGGCCAUCCCAGGAGGUGGACCAGAACAUGGAGAUGACCCGUCCUGUGGGUCAGGUCAUCAGAGCAUCCCAGGAGGUGGACCACAACAUGGAGAUGACCCAUCCUGUGGGUCAGGUCACCAGAACAUCCCAGGAGAUGGACCACAACAUGGAGAUGACCUGUCCUGUGGGUCAGGUCACCAAAACAUCCCAGGAGGUGGACCACAACAUGGAGAUGACCUGUCCUGUGGGUCAGGUCACCAAAACAUCCCAGGAGGUGGACCACAACAUGGAGAUGACCCAUCCUGUGGGUCAGGUCAUCAGAACAUCCCAGGAGGUGAACCAGAACAUGGAGAUGACCUGUCCUGUGGGUCAGGUCAUCAGAACAUCCGAGGAAGUGGACCACAACAUGGAGAUGACCCGUCCUGUAGGUCAAGUCAUCAGAACAUCCCAGUUGGUGGACCACAACAUGGAGAUGACUUGUCCUGUUGGUCAGGUCACUAAAACACCCCAGGAGGUGGAUCACAACAUGGAGAUGACCUGUCCUGUGGGUUUGGUCACCAAAACACCCCAGGAGGUGGACCACAACAUGGAGAUGACCUGUCCUGUGGAUCAGGUCACUAAAACAUCCCAGGAGGUGGACCACAACAUGGAGAUGACCUGUCCUGUGAGUCAGGUCACAGGACCUAAUGAGGUGGCCUGUCCUGUUAGUCAGGCCACAAUAUUAUCCCAUGAUAUGGAAGUGACCCAACCUUUGGCUCAGGUUGUCAAGUCAUCCCAGCAAGUGAACCAGAGUAUGGAUGUGACCUAUCCAGUCUGUAGGUCAGCUUAUCAGCCUCAGCCCAUCAUCUUGCCUCAAAAAGACAAAGACAAUGUGGAUGUAACAUGUAAGAUCACCACACCUCAAAAUCACCUAAACAUGGAAAUGACUUGUCAAGUCACCACAUCAACUCAUCCUGUUGGUCAGAUCACCAACCUGCCUCAAAAACAGGAGCAGAAUAUGGAUGAGACCUGUAACUUUACAUCAUCUCAAAAGGACCAGGAUAUGGAAUUGUCUUGUCAGAUCACCAGGUCAGCUCAAGAUGUGGAGGUGACCCGUACUGAGAGUCAGGUCAUUGUAUCAACUCAAGAUAUGGAAGUGACUUGUCCAAUGAUUCUGGUCACCAGACCAUCCACAGAGGCAAACCAUCCUGUGUGGGAGAACAGACAAUCCCAGGAGGUGGAUCACAACUUGGAGAUGACCCAUCCUGUGAGUCAAAUCAGCAGGUCAAGCCAUGAGGUGUGUGCAGGCCUGGCCAGCAGUACCACCAAGGGGCAAGGUCAGGCAGUGUCCAUUCUUGGCAAACGAACUCCAUCCUCAGAGUGCUCAGACCCUCCUGCACCCAAACUGUUUGCAUCAUGUACACCCCAAGCCUCUCCAGAUCAUUCCAUUUCCUCACACCCUCACUCCACUGCUACUCCUUGUUCAUCCCCACAUCCUGUGCCAUUGACACCUUCCUUAUCACAGCAAACCCUACCCACAUCACUAUCUCAAAGCCCACACUGUUCAUCAUCCUUGCUAUUGUCAUCCAUACACACCACAUCCACAAUCCCAGAUGCCUGCAUUCCUCCCCUAGCUGCCACAUCUGAGCCAUCUUCUACUUCAUUCAUGGCUCUUCAGACUCCUGCUACCUUGCCAGCACCAGAAAGUCCACGUCACUGUCCUGGCUGGUGUUCCCUCCGUGCUGGUUCACUAAUCUCUCACCCAAACAGUGAAAGGUACAAGUGGCAUGUACAAGAAGUGGAGGGAGACAAGUGGUGCCUGAAUCUGCUCCACAGUCCCUUGCUUCUGUACCUCACACUGGCCCACCACCAACACCAUCGUAUCAUUACUGCUGCUGACACCAACUUGAAAAGUCAGAACAUGAGCAAUCCAGUGGGCCAGCUGGUGCUGAGAGUGCUGGGCUGCCGUCUUGAUGGUGCCCUGCCAGGCCUGGUGGGUGUGGUGGUGUGUGAGGCGGGUGCUGCCCUGGAAAAGCUGCUGGAAGCGUACUUCUCUGCCCAUGACCUUAUGGUGGAACUCAACCUCAUCAAGUUUUUCCACUGUACUAAAUUUACCCCUAACAGUGCCAAGGUUAUCUUGAGCAGCUACAAGAACCACUUGAGCCUGGAGGUUGAGGUGAAGUUGGAGCCACCCUCACCCCAGCCAGAUGAUCCCUACACUCUCCAUCCUUCUGUCACCAUCAAGAUUGGCAAUGGCAAGCUGAGGAAGGAUGCAGUGGAGGCACUGAUGACAGAUGUGGUGCCAGGACCACAACAGAUUCUGAGGCUGGUGACUGCUGUGCAUCAGCUGGUGAAGAACACCUUCUGAUGACUGCAUCAAGAUACAUCUUCCCUAUUCUGUCCUUUAUAAGGUUUUCAUAUAUGCUGUCUCUUGUUUGAGGCACUUGAGCAUCAGCACUACAGCAAAAGUGACCAUAAACUUAAAGGUUCAAAGAUUGCAGGCUUCUUUCAUCCAUUAACGUUGCUGCAGCUUUCCCUGUGCUGUAACUUGCUUUUGUGGAGAAAUUUUGAUAUCCUUUGUUAUAACUGGAUGUGACUCAGGACUGGAAAUUUUUUAUAUACCUAACCCUUUUAUUUUUUGGGGGGGUGGAAUUUUUUUUAGUGGGAACUGAUAUGAUGGCUCCUCUCUUUGCAUUAACUUUUAUUACAUUUACACAUGUAUAUAUUUCAAAAAUAGUAUUGCUCUUACUAUAUUUUUAAAUUAAUGUAUUUUAAACAUUGAAUAUGUUUCAAUAAAUGGAUUUAAUCUCUAUAA